AUGGUCCGCUCGUAUCCGAACAUCGUCAUCACCGGCACGCCGGGCACGGGCAAGUCGACGCACUCCUCUUUGCUCGCCUCGACCUACUCUCCGCCCUCGAGCUCCUCUCAUCCUCUCCGCCAGAUCGACGUCGGGGCGUUGGUCAAGCAAGAAGGUUUCUACACGGACUACCUGGAGGAGUGGCAGAGCUACGAGGUGAACGAAGACCAGCUGUUGGACCAUCUGGAGCCAUUGACGGGCACAAAAGCGCCCGAGCCGAUAGACGGGGAAGAGUUCGACGAGGAUGAGCUGAGACAGGCCAAGCAGCAGGACGAGGACGAUGAGGCCAGGGGAGGGCUCGUGUUGGACUGGCACACGUGCGACGUCUGGCCCGAGAGAUGGGCCGACUUGGUUGUUGUAUUGCGGUGCGACCAUAGCGUUCUUUGGGAGCGCUUGGAGAAGAGGGGAUACCCACUCAAAAAGAUUCAAGAGAACAACGAGGCCGAGAUCAUGGGCGUAGUUGCGGACGACGCGCGGUCAUCCUAUCCUGCGGAAGCGGUGGUCGAGCUGACAAGCCAAGAGUCAGGAGACGUAGAGGAGAACGUGGAGAGGAUCAUCCAGUGGAUUCACGCUUGGAGGCAGGCGCGCGGACUCGAGUGA